ACAGUUACAUUUUAUUAAAGCCUGUUUUAGGAUUAAGUGUCUGGUAAUUCAUUGCAUAUAUCAGAUGCAUAAAGAAAUUAUAAUGAUAUAGGUAGCCUUUAAUCUUUAGGUCCUUGCUUGGAAAACAGGUUGACACUAACUAAACAAGGUUGCUGCUGAAAGCUUCUUUGGUUAGACAGUAUAAAAUUAGUUAAUGGGACUUGGCCUAUCCACUGUUGAGUGGGUCUAAAUUAUAGCUUGUUUCUUUUUUGCUGUACAUAAUUAAAGAGAUGGUGGGCAUGGUGACUGAACAGUACCAUAAUUUAGAGAGGGUCACACCAGAAUAAGGUUGAGACUUAUGAGUAGGCAGUGAUAAAGCAUAUAUUACCAGUCUUGCAACUAAAGUUUUUUCCAUUUGUCCAUAUAACACAUACAAGUAUUAUCCAACCAUUCUCUUUCAUGGUUUUACCCACAAAAACUCCUGAUAUAUUUGUUAGUCUCUAAGAUGCCACAGGACUGCUCAUGUAUAAAAUUACGGACUAACCCAGCUACCCCUCUGAGACAUUAUUUCAUGACACUUAACUAAUUAGAACUGAAUAGAGCAGUAUCAACACAGCAAUGUUUGUGUCCUCUUAUUGUUACUCUGGUGUAUAAAGAGGAACUUAUAAACUAUUUUCUAGACUACUUUCUUUGUAGUAGAAAAAUUGAAAAUUAAGGCAUCGAUCCUGCAAUGAGCUCCAUGCAUAUAAACCUCUAUUGAUUUCACUGUGGUUCUAUGCAGAUGUCCAUAUGGCGAUCAGGCAGUAAAUAAGUUCAUUUGUUUUCUGCUUACACAAAUAUAAAGCAGAAAAUGCUUCUAGGGAGCAUUAUGCAUGGGAAGGUAGCUAAUCACAGCCAGGCUGUCAUUCUUUCAGGGGUCUGAGGAGUUUGUGACUUGUGCUUCUUUAGAACAACUUAAAUAGGUAGUUCAAAUAUGUAGUAAUGCUCAUAAUGAUGUGAACUAUAAUUAUCUAUAUUGAAUGAAGAGCGAUUCUAAAUAGUUUGGGUGAGCGUCAAGCAAUGUUGCUUUCUGCUCUUCUACAGUUGCUCUAACCAUACACUAUCUGUGUUUUUUCAGUUCUCAAAAGGAUGCAUCAUUCCAUUCACUAUGAAGAUCACCAAAGUAUGAAUGCCAAUUCAGUACCUCAACCUCACAUGAAAGUAUUUCUAGAUUCUUUAAGUAGUCAAGGGCUAGAAGAAGUAAAGCAGUGUAUGCAUUCUCCAAUAUCGGUAUACCCACAAAGAAAUCAUUACAUAUACAUGGGCAGCACUGAUGUAGCAAGGUCUUGGCUAGAAUUGGUGCAUCCAGUUACAUCUCCUCUCCAGCAUCCAGCUCUAAGCUACUGUGGUCCACUGGAGAAGCAGCAUGUUCAGUUGUACCAUACACCGUCUCAACAAGGCUAUGAAAUAGAAAUGCAGCAAAAUCAUCCGGUCAAACAUGUACAACUGCAGAUAGCAUCUCAGCCUUCCCCUGAAGCACAAUUUAAAACAUCAGCCUAUGAACAUGAAAGAAGACUGUCAUACGUUUCCCAACCUAUGAAGAAAAGGAAAAUUGACACAUCAUUAGAAGACAACUAUAUUAAAAAUCAAGGUUAUCUGCAGAAAAUACCUGUUACUGUACUAACAAUGCCUAGCCAUACCCAACAGCAGGCUUACAAUGCUAUUCAACAAGAACUGCUAACAGUAGAUAGCAAUCAACUGUACGGACUUGCACCUGGUACAGGAACAAAUGGUCAACUGCAUGAUAUAAAAUCAUGUGCAGUAUGUCCUACUCCUGCAGUUUGCCCUGAAGCUCAGAAUUUGGUGAAUACCCCUCUUUAUCAGGAUGUCUGCAGUAUUAUUCAGAUGGGUGACAUGACUAUGAAUGUGACUAGCAUUAAGUUAGAAGAAAGCAAGGAUAAUAUUCAGGCUGUGUCAGAAACUAGAAAGAGUAUACAGGAGAGUCCUGUUCCUAGUACACUGCAUUUCCCAGCGCAGUUCUUAAAUAAGAGUGAAAAUAUGUUCCUUCCUCUCGAUGUACAGAGUGGAAAAGGGAUGUAUCAAUCUGAGGAAUACUGGGAUGAACAAUGGGUACAGGAUUCUCAGUCACUGUCACGCUUGCAGAUGCAGACUGACUUGCACCUUCCUUGCAAACUCAAAGCAGAAGAAGGAGCUAAUUUCUGGAAGACCUGGGCACAAAUAAAAAAUGAGGAUGUAUGGAAAGAUGUUGGAGAAACCCAUCAGCAUUUUGGAAGAAGAAAACCAAUAACUUUUAGGGAAGAUGUCCUUUCAGUGCCAGUAGCAGAACUGAAUUAUGGUCUGUGCCUAAUGACUAAAGAAGCUAGAAAGCAAGAUGGUUCCUCUUAUGAAGCAGACAUGUUGUAUUACUUAUUUCUUUGUAUUCAAAAGUAUAUGUUUGAUAAUGACAGAAUUGACAACAUUUUUGCUGAUCUUUACUACGUGAAGUUUAUGGAAAGACUUCAUGCAGUGGUGAAGGGAUGGUGUCCAAGAGUGAGCCCCUCUGGGUAUAUUCUGUCCAGUUGUAUUACGGAGGAAAUGUUAUGGGAUUGCAAACAACUUGGAGCACAUUCUCCUUCUAUUCUCCUGUUUACGUUGAUGUAUUUCAACACAAAGUAUUUCAUAUUGAAAACAGUGGAGCAGCAUGAACAGCUAGCCUUUUCUAAACUACUGAAGCAGACCAGGAAAAAUACAGGCAUCGGAAAGGACAAAUGUUCUAUAAUACAAUCCCUCAGGCUUUAUGGACAGAUUCUGGGAGGACUUCAAGAUGAGAUUUACAUGGAACAACCUGAAAACCCAGACAACCCUUUGCAGUGCCCCAUAAAACUGUAUGACUUCUAUUGUUUUAAAUGCCCCCAGGGUGCCAAAGGGCCGAGUGAUACCUUCUAUCUGGUCCCUGAACCAGUUGUGGCACCAAACAGUCCAAUCUGGUACUCUGCUCAGCCUGUGAAAGUGGAUGCGAUGGAGCAGAUGUUGACCAGAAUUCUGAUGGUCAAGGAAGUGCAGGAAGCACAUGUGAAGACCCAUAUAUCAGCAUAGCAUCAAGGACAAAUGGAUAAGUUACAACAUUGCCCUUGUCACAAACUUGUAAAUAUUAUAUUUUGAGUAAGGCAUGAAAGAAUGUCUGUAGCUAACACUUUCUUUUACUAGUAAUGAUUGACUACUAUGAGUAAAUAGCAUUUAACAGUACCAAUCUGCUAAAUUCCAUAAAGUGGAUUUCUUAUUUUGUCCAACAUAAUUGUCUAAUUUCUAGUAACAUCUAAAUAGGGACAGAUGUGGAUUCUAGUACUACUAUGUAACACCAAGUAAAUCAGAGUCCUAAACAUGUCAUUUUGUUUAAUUUGUGAGUAUGGAGCUCUUUAAACUAAAUUGAUAGUAGAAAUUGUAUAUGAAUUAAGUUUUUUUUAAUCAAAGUCCUGAAUGGAAAUAGUAGUUAUAGUGUAAAGUAAUUUUACUCAGUGAUUUGCUAAUAGUGCAGUAGAAGCAUAGUUUUCUCUCCAAAACAAGAAUUACUUUAAUUUUUUCCCUUUGUUUAAAAGGAUACUUCCAUGACUGGUCUGUUUGCAAAGGAUUGACUUUGGGAAAAUAGGCUUCCUACUUCUCCUACAGUAUUAACAGUCUUAAAGGCCUUGUGGCUAAUAUUUGCACAAGGUUGGAUAGCUUUCUUUAGUUAGUGAGGAAAGCAUUUACCUCACUUCAAAAGCAAUAAAAACACCAGAAUCUCUCUGACUGUUCCUAUUUCUAGGUUGGGGGUAUGUUCAUUGGUAGAUUGUUCACUACAUUCUUGAAGCUUUAUUGCAGGGGUGAGAAACCUUUCUUUGGGAGGGGGGUCUGCACAAAAGUAUAGAAGCAAAAACAAAGCCCUCAUUGAUGUGGCCCCCAAUUGAGAAGACACUCCCCACAUUCCCCUUGCAUACUAGGGUCUAGGCAAGUAGAUUUUGUAGGCCCCCUGCCUCUAGGAUGGGCCAAAAAUGAGUGGUUUAGUCUGUGGGAGGGGGCUUCCGGGAAGCAGGGUUGUAGUAUGAGGUCUGGAUGAGUGUGAGGGUGGGGGGCUGUGGGUUUGAAGCACCAGUGCAAGCUCCCUGGUACUGGGGGCGGGGAGCCCCAAGACUCAGGGGCUAGAUCCAGAGAAGCUGGGGGUUGAAUCUGGCCUUUGGGUUGUAAGUUCCCCACCCCUGCUUUAUUGGAAUCAACUGGGUAUGUACAGAGGGCUUACAUAACACACAUUGAUACAAAUUUACUUCAGUGCCUUACUACAGCCUAGUCACUUCAGCAUUGUAGCAGUGGCGGUAAAGUAUCUUUUUGAGGUAAGUUUGCCUUUUUCCAGAGAGAAUUUGUAUAUUCUUCACACUAUAAUACAAUAUAGAUCAUUAGUAAGAAAAAUGGAGUUGGUUAGUGGAAGUAUUUUUAUACUAUGUUCUUAUUUACAAAUUCAACACUAAAUGUCUUGAAAAUAAACUUUUUGCUUUUGAGAAUUACAUUUUAAACACAAAGCUGAAACAGUGACCAACUAUUCUUGAAUAGCUCACUAAAACCAGACUCAGACUAUAUUGCACAUAAACAAUAGGUUAAGAUCACAUUUUUUCAAAGGCUUAUUGACUGAAGAAGAACCCUGCCAUUUUAUAAUUGUACUAUGAGUGGAGAUAGUAGCUUUUGAUCCAAGAUGGGAGAUAUUUCUCACUUUCAAUAGUAACAUCUAAUGCAGUGCAUGACACCUAGUGCCAGCAUGGCAUCUAAUCUGGUUUGUACCAGUAUGUGCACAUUCUUGUUCUCUCUGCAUAUACACAUACACAACCUGCUGUAAAUAUCUAGAAAAACUUAAAUGAAAGUGUUUGUUGCAAAUGACCAUUCUGAACAUGUUUGUCUCCCAUCUCUACUAUGAAGAGAGACGGUAAGAGGGAUAAGACUUAAUAAUCCAGUUCAUCUCUGGUAAUAAAAGCUUGUCCUGACAGCAAUGUCCAAACUCAUUUUCAAUUACAAAUGAUCAGGCUUCUUUCCUUUCAGGAAUAGCCACCCCCCCCUUGUAAAGCGACGAACCUUUUCUGUCCAUUUUAAAUUCUUUCCUAAUGUUCUCACUGUUAUGCUUUCAGAAUUACUUUCUUCAGAGUCAGACCCCUAUUCCUUUAGUCAUAUUAGUCAAGCCGGCACAAUCAAUCCACCUAUCUCUUUUGGAACUAGCUUUUCUCAGAGCUACAUCUGGUUUGUCAAAGUGUACAGUGUUUGCUGGCCAGAACAUCAUAAAUACAGUUGUCAAGAGCAAGUACCUGGGAUUAGUUUCUGCUAAGAUGAAUAGCCUAAUAGCUGCUUUGUAAUGGGAGUCUAACUAGUAUAGUUAGUAAACACAUGAUAAUGAUUGACAGAGAGAAUAGGUCUUGAAAUGAGCAAUCAUAAAAGGCUUGAGUCCUGCUUGUAGCAGCUACUUGCAUGACCUCCCACUGCUUGUUCUAACCAAGGGAUUGUAACAAUCCUAAGGUUGAGCUAAGGUAUUUUAUACAGCAAUCUCACUAGAGGAUUAAAUGCUGCUACUGUGGCUAUAAAAAGCUUUAUCCACACUGCCUUCAAAUCAUUCAUAAGGAGUAUAUGCAUAUUGUAAACAGAAGGAAAAGAGCAUUAGGAUUCAUCCAUUCCUGUCUGUCAAACAGCUAAUCUACAAUGUCCAUACCCUUCUUGAUUGCUGAGACACCAGCCCAGGGACAGAAGGAUGCAACAGGUCUAUGUUGGCUCUCAAGCUGCUCAGCUUCCCCCUCAAUUUAUUCUUUGGAGAUUUUUUUCUUCCAUUAUCUACCGAACUGGGACUUUAUCACAUCAGACAGAUGGAUGCUGGAGGAGGGCUAUAGAGUCCCUCUGAAACAAUUUCAUUCCAUAUUCCUCACCCCUUUCAUGCCUUCUCAUGAAAGUCUCCUAAACUGAAGGUGUAAUCUUUCCUGAUUGUGCAGAUGAUAGCAGCAAUUUCCCUGAAUUUGCCCCAAAGAGGUUUUAUUCUACUUCACACAGAGUCAGGUGAAUGAAGAUAAUCUGUAGACCUGAAGUGUCUGAAUAUUUCUGUCUUUUUGCGGCAUUUCAGAAUACAGGCAGUCCCCAGGUUACGCGGAUCUGACUUAUGUCGGAUCCGUACUUACGAACGGGGC